GUGGAAUCAAAUGCGCGAGAAAGAAAGAAAGAUCCCAAAGACCACAGAGCAAACUUGUGGCUGAGAAACCUUCCUCAACUGAUGACCUGGCCUGUAUGAUUCCCACCUCCUCCCUAUUAAAUCCUCUCCAAAAUUAUCCAUUUUUUUCAAAAAUGCAAUCGCCCACCUUGAGAAGAAAGAGUAAUUCCCACAAUCACACUGAUUCUUGUUUCUAGAGACAGAGAGAGAGAGGGUCAGAGGAAGAAAUGGGACUGUUGGAGCCGAAAGACCCGGCGAUUAAGCUCUUUGGGAAGACGAUACAGCUGCCGUCGACCGAUGACUCCUCGCCUCCUUCGUCUGAUUCUCCUCGCGAUAAGGUUUCGGAUCGCAGUUCUGUGUCUUCAAUCGGUUCUCUGCAGAACGGAGCAGGGGCAGGAGUGGCGCAGGGAGAACAGAAGAAGACUUCAGAAGGAGAACACAAAGAGGAAAAAAAGGAAGAUGGUUCAUGUGAUCAUCAUAUCUCAGAGGACUUCCAGGAUCCUACAACAUCAUCUGUCAUCAGUGAAAACCCAAAAACAUCUCCUGUUGACAAGGAAACUUCUUCAUCGAAAACUAUGAAGAACGAUGAGCAGAGCGAAACAAGUAUGUCACAAGAGAAGACUCUGAAGAAACCUGACAAGAUACUUCAAUGUCCCCGAUGUAAUAGCAUGGACACCAAGUUCUGUUACUACAACAAUUACAAUGUCAACCAGCCCCGUCAUUUCUGUAAAAAGUGUCAGAGAUACUGGACUGCUGGAGGAACCAUGCGAAAUGUGCCUGUGGGUGCUGGUCGUCGCAAGAGCAAGAAUUCCUCUGCUUCACAUUAUCAUCACAUAAUGGUUUCCGAAGCUCACCAAUUAGCUCGAGUCAAUGCUGCAAAUGGAAUUCACAGCUCCCAUUUGGGAGGCAAUGGUACUGUCCUCACCUUUGGCUCAAAUGCUCCUGUUUGUGAAUCCAUUGCUUCUGCAUUAAACCUUGCUGAGAAAACGCAAAACCAUGUCCAAAAUGGGUUUCAUCAACCCGAACAGAGAACUCCUGUUUCUUCUGGAAGGGGAGAAAAUGGGGAUGAUUACUCAAGUGGGUCUUGUACCACAGCUUCCUAUUCAGCAGAAAAGGGCGGUGAUGCUCGUCCAAAAGAACCAGUGACAGAGAACUGUCAUGGGCUCUCUCCUCAAUUACCAUGCUUCCUUGGGCCUCCGUUGCCUCAUCUGUGGAACUCAGCUCAGUGGAACUCUGCAGCUAUGCCUCCCCGCACUUUCUGUCCUUCUGGAUUUCCGGUAUCCUUCUAUCCCGCACCAGCUUAUUGGGGCUGCAAUGUACCUGGCUCUUGGAAUAUGCAAUGGUUUUCCCCUACACCUUCCUCUCCCAAUUCUUGUGCCACAAGCUCCAGGUCUACCUCAUCCCCAAUUUUGGGAAAACAUUUGAGGGAUGGAACCAUCAUUAAUCCAGCGAACUCAGAGAAAGAGAACAAUUCAGAAAGAGGUGUGUUGAUUCCAAAGACACUGAGAAUUGAUGAUCCCGAUGAAGCUGCCAAGAGCUCUAUAUGGACCACAUUAGGGAUAAAGAACGAGAAAAGCAGUUGUCUCAAUGGGGGAGGUCUACUCAAGGCCUUUCAGCUCAAGGAUGAUGGGAAAAAUCACAUAGCUGAGACAUCUCCAGUGCUGCAAGCUAAUCCUGCAGCCUUGUGUCGAUCACUGAACUUCCAUGAAACUUCCAUGAGAGUGCAUAAUAAGAGCUAAGAAUGUAAUCUAAACUUGAGCGCCGGGAAAUGGAAUGGAAUGGAAUGGAGUUUCCCAAACUCUCGCUGCUGACGAAAGUUGUGCCAACACCACACCCCCCUCCCCCCCCCCCCCCCCCCCCCCCCUCCCCGCCCCGGUCCAGGUGAUUAUGGUUUGCAUAUCUCAAUGCAAGUACCAAUCGGCAAAGCAAUCCAAUUGACACUAGGAUGAUCUUCGGAGGGGAUCAGCACUUCCACCAAUUUGCUCAGAUUGCUGUUAUUAUACUUUCCUGUAAGAGUGAGAAUAGGUCUUUUUUGCUUUUAGUACUUUGCCAAGUGUUUAUGUACAUAACCAUAUAGGAUAUAGGGAGACACCAUUCCAAAGAGAGAUUCUUGGACAUGAAAUCCAAAUGUUGUAGAAUAUACUAGCCAAUCCAAGUAUGAAAUUAUUUGUAUUUUACUUCAA